GAAGAAGGGUGAGGGAGUGGAAAAAAGGACGAUGAUCACUGGGAAUCAUAUUAUCACUUGUUUUUAAGAAAUUCAGAUUAAAGGAAGUCGAUUAAGACCUAAUUUUGUAGUCUUCAGCCUCAACCUCGUUUUCCUUCACGUAGUAAAUUUGUUGGGACGUUGUAUGUGACAACUGAAUUCGGCAAACGUCGUCAUUUGUGGUGAGACUUGGUCCAGGAUGGAGGAAGAGGCACGCAAGCUCGCUCAAGAAGGAAUAAUUAAGAAACUGAUCAGUCCUGGAAAGGGCUACUUAUCGACUUUCCCGAGUGGAACCAAGGUGAUCUUCCACUACCGCACCAGCUUGUGUGAUGGCAUGGUGCUGGAUGACUCCAGAACCAUGGGAGGGCAGAGCAAACCUAUGGAGCUAAUUCUAGGAAAGAAAUUUAAAUUGGCUGUGUGGGAGAGGUUGGUCAUCACCAUGAGACAAGGUGAAAUUGCAGAAUUUACCUGUGACACCAAGCACACAGUAUUGUACCCGCUUGUGUCCCAGUCACUAAGGAACAUCAGCGCUGGUAAAGACCCCCUGGAAGGCCAGAAGCACUGCUGUGGCCUUGCCCAGAUCCAUUCCCACCACUCUCUGGGGCACAAGGACCUGGAUGAGCUUCAGUCCAAUCCACAGCCUCUCGUCUUCACAAUCAAAUUGCUCGAGGUGUUGCCUCCAGGAACAUUUCAACUAGAUGUUUGGGCAAUGACAGACGAACAGAAACUUCAAGUGGUGCCACAAAUCCAUGAGGAGGGCAACAUGCUCUUUAAAAAGGGCCUUAUUAAUCAGGCUGCAGAGAAGUACUACAAUGGCAUUGCAUGCCUCAAAAAUUUACAGAUGAAGGAACAUCCUGGGGAUGAAACAUGGGUAAAGCUGGAUCUUAUGAUUACACCACUCCUCCUCAACUACUGCCAGUGCAAGCUACUCCAAGGCCAGUACUAUGAGGUCAUCGAACAUUGUUCAGCUCUGAUCUUCAAAUAUGAUGACCUGGAGUGCCCAACCAGCUGAUCACAGAUGUCGACUGCGGGCUGAGUUCCAGUCAAUCGCAUGGGGGGGAUCUGAACUCAUUGAGAGGAUUUAGUGCUGCUAUAAGGGACUGAUGCAGCAGGUGGAAGCAAUGCACCAGUAAGGAUGUCAGCUGCCCUUAAAUGCCAAAGAAGAAGAAGAAGUACCAUAGAAGAAGAGUGACUGUCACUAAAUUUAGCAACUAUUCAGAACUCAUCAGAAACUUUUUUUUUUU